AUGAAAAAGAGCCGUUUAAAAUUCAAAACUCCUAUUUGCACACUGAAAAACCAAAGUGUAACAAAUGAUUACCUAGAGAAACUAGAGAAACACUUGAAAUCCAUACAACUGGAAGAAACAUACACGGUUCAAACCUUAUACAAUAAUCUAGAAAACUGUCUAUUAGAAAGCAUGAAAACUGACAAACAAGUAGAGAAACGGAAACUAUACAAUAUUCUUACCGAGGAGACAUUAAGUCUUAUUAAACAACGCCACAAACUACAAAAUCUCAAACAUAAAAGCCGCGAAGACAAAAUAAAACUCAGCUAUAUCUAUAAAAUAACAAACAAAAAUAUCAGGAAAGACUACAAGAGACAUAGAUUAAAGACAAUAGAAGAGUAUGUAAUGACUAGUGGAAGUUGCAAACGUGCGUACAAAGAACUUCGCUCACACAAAACUUGGAUACCCAGCCUAUUAGAAAACUCUAGUCCAUCAAAUAAUAGAGAAAACAUUCUCAAAAUAGCAACAAAGUUCUAUCAAAACCUCUACGACCAAAAAGACCUUGGGAAUUUUGAAACUAUAAAUUUCUACUCUCAAAAUCAAACGAAUAUUGAUUGGAAUGAUACCGAAAUAGAUAAAGAAAUAAAGAGGCUAAAAUCAGACAAGAGCCCAGGACCAGACGGUAUCCCCAACGAGGCACUAAAGCUGGCAAGGACACUACUAACACCUGUGAUAACCUAUUUAUUCAAUAUUAUAAAUAAAGAGCAGAGAGUUCCCGAGCAAUGGACCAAAUCAAAUAUUGUAUUACUCUAUAAGAAAGGCGAUCCAAAGGAUAUUGGAAAUUAUCGACCCAUCAGCUUACUACCUAGUCUUUACAAACUUUUCUCACAGUGUAUUUUAAGUCGAAUAUCUGCAAAAAUUGACAGAAACCAACCGAUAGAGCAAGCGGGUUUUCGAAGAGGAUAUUCAACUGUACAUCAUAUUCAAGCUCUGGAGAACAUAAUUGAGAAAUAUAAGGAAUUUCAAAAGCCUAUCUGGCCUAUAGGCGCUGAAGGCGAACAACAUAGAAGACACCUAUUGUAA